UCUCGUGCUAUUUCCAUGGCCGUGAUUUAUACAAACGGAACCAAGCGCAAAAUGAUCUCCAGCGUAAGUUUUUGGCCGUUGGUUUUGGUGGCUGGAGCAUUUUGUGCAACGUUUGCACAAGUAACGUUGCCUUAUGAAGAGGAGGUUGCAGUGACAGGAAAAGAGUUUGGUUUUAAAACUGAAGAAAUUUCGGGAGCCGAAAAUUCAAGUGAUUUGAAUGGAGCUCAGGUUUAUAAGGUGAUGUUGAGAAAAGCUGAGCACAAGGCCCUAAUUGUACAGUUAGAGGACGAAAAUCUGGUGGAUUUGUGGCUCUAUAAGGCGGGGAAAAGAGAUCGGGCCGAAUUUAUGGUUCUCCGUGAAAAUCAGGAGCACGUUUUGGACCGACUUUUCAAAGUUGGGAUUCAGCCGGUCAUCAAAAUUCCAAACGUGUUGAAAUUGGUUGUUGAUUCUGAAAUACCCGACCCGCAGCACGUGGGCACAGGAAGAGCGUCAUACGAGCUUAAUUGGACUGGAUAUCACAGGUACAUGGUGAUACACGACUUUUUAGACUUUUACGCGGCUACAUACCCUGAAAUAUGUUCUGUCCACACAAUUGGAAAAACUGCUCAAGGAAAAGACAUUAAAUUGCUUAAAAUUUCAACAUCUGGUCCUGGUCUAUUAAUUAGUAAGCCAGCGAUAUUUAUUGAUGGAGGGAUCCACGCCAGGGAAUGGAUUUCUCCAGCAACAGUUACGUUCAUUACAAAAGAAUUGGUGGAAAACAGGUCUAAAUAUUCAUUCGCCGACAAAAUUGAUUUCCACAUUGCACCAUUAAUCAAUGUGGACGGCUACGAGUACACGCAAACAAGUCGUCGAGACCGAAUGUGGCGCAAGAGUCGCUCCUCGCCAGGAAGGUGCACCGGAGUUGAUUUGAAUCGGAAUUUUGGAUUCCAAUGGGGACAAAUCGGCUCGUCCAGCAAAAGAUGCUCGUCCCUUUAUCGAGGCCCUUCGGCUUUUUCCGAGCCCGAGAGCAGAGCCAUCAGGGAUUACAUCCUGAGUUAUCCCAAAGGCUAUUUUAAGGGUUACCUCUCUUUUCACAGCUACAGUCAGUUCAUUUUGUACCCAUACGGAUUUUCGAUUAGUGCUUUGCCGACAGACGUGGAAGAUUUGAAAAGAGUUGCCAAAAAGGCACAGGUGGCGAUUCGGAAUUCAACUCGAACGUUUUACACGGUUGGAAGUGCCGCCAGGACUCUUUAUCCACUAUCGGGUUCGUCUUUGGACUGGGCAAAAGCAGUCGCUGAAAUUAAAUACUCGUACAUGGUCGAGCUGCCUGACAAGGGUGUUCACGGAUUUUUAUUGCCGCCGCGCUUGAUUAAACCAACUGCAACAGGUGCAAUGGAAAUGGUUAAGGCUAUGGCAGAGGAAAUCGCUCUUAUGAGUGUCGUAAAUAUGGAAAGUUUUGACUAACUUGUCAAUUAAAUUAUUUUAUAUGGUUAUUCACAAUUUAUAUUAUUUCAUAAAAUACUUAAUUAUUGAAAAAUCUGUUACAAUUAUUACAAAUUAUUUAUUUUUGUAUAUUUAAAUUUUUAGUUGUACAUUAAUUUACACGUAUGUCAACUCAUCGAGUCAAUAAACAAUUUUCAAUGGACAAAAUAUGUUAUAAGUGAAUAUAUAAAAAAUAUAUAAAAAAAGAUAUUAAAUGAUUAUUUAAUCAUUAAUCUCAAUUUAUCAGUUAGUUGUUUCAAUAUUUUUCUCUGUUACUUAAUUCUCUGUCUAAUGUGCUUACCAAUUUGGAGGAAAAUUGAGAUUGGAAUGUGAAUUAGCAAAAACUUUAAGCUAAUUCACAUUUUCAUCUCGACAAAUAAUUAUUAUUGUUUUAAUAAACAAUAAAUUAUUGCAUUGUAAAAUUUAAUGUGCAACUAUGAAAUUUGAAAAAACACUCUGGCAGAGGCAUCAAAUACGUAAUUUAUUUUAUACACAUUAAAAAAAAUGACUUUGCUACCAAUUUCCAAUUUUCAAGAAUUGCUUAAAAUUAAUUUUUUUCCCACUAUAGAAACCUAAAAAAAAAUUAAAUCUUACUUAUUGAAAUUACAGAGCUUUAAAAAAUAAAACCCAUAUUUUAUAUCCAGUUUAAAAAUAAAAAUAUUAAAAAUGAUUUGUGUAAAUUUGCAAUUUAAUUUAUGAU